AUGAUCGACCGGACCGCUACGCAGGACGAAGCACUCAGGGAUAUCACCAGAAGUGAGAGAAUCUUCACUUGGGAGGAUGUGUCUUAUACUGUUCCCACUCCACAAGGACCGAAGCAGCUGCUCAAUAACAUCAAUGGCUACGUUCAACCAGGUGUCAUGGUAGCUCUCAUGGGCGCGAGUGGUUCUGGAAAAACAACACUCUUGAACACACUUUCUCAACGGCAGACAGUUGGUGUCGUUAGUGGAGAUAUGCUUGUCGAUGGACGAGUGCUUGGCAACGAUUUCCAGCGUAGCACCGGCUUUGUCGAACAAAUGGAUCUCCACGAUGAGACAGCCACUAUCCGUGAGGCACUCGAGUUUUCCGCACUCCUCCGUCAGAGUCGUGAUAUCCCUCGCAAGGAAAAGUUGGAUUAUGUGGACAAGGUUAUUGAUCUUCUCGAGCUGCGGGAAGUCGAGGAUGCUAUAAUCAUGUCGUUGGGGGUCGAGCAAAAGAAGCGACUUACAAUUGGUGUCGAGCUCGCAGCAAGACCCUCCCUUCUUCUCUUCCUUGAUGAGCCUACCAGCGGUCUAGACUCCCAAUCUGCAUUCUCCAUUGUUCGAUUUCUCAAAAAGCUCUGCGCGGCUGGACAGGCCAUCAUCUGCACGAUCCACCAGCCAUCGUCUGAGUUGAUUCAGCAGUUUGACAGAAUCCUUGCACUCAACCCCGGAGGAAACGUCUUCUACUUUGGCCCAGUGGGCGAAAAUGGGAGCUCAGUUAUCAAGUACUUUGCUGACCGUGGUGUGGAUUGUCCACCUGGGAAGAAUGUUGCCGAAUUCAUCCUUGAGACGGCUAUCAAAGGUGGUCAUCGAGCUGAUGGGAAAAAGCUGAAUUGGAAUGAUGAGUGGCGCAACUCACAGGAGCACGCUGAGGUACUGCAAGAAAUCAAACGCAUCAAACAUGAGCGCAGCCAAGUCGAAGCGCCAGCAGUUGCUUCUCAACAUGAGUUUGCUGCCCCGGUUCUCGCGCAGAUCACUGAGUUGACCAGGCGUAUGUUCGUUCAUCAGUGGAGAGAUCCUUCAUAUAUAUACGGAAAGCUGUUCACAGCCGUCAUCAUUGGGAUCUUCAACGGAUUCACCUUUUGGAAACUCGGUGAUACUAUUGCGGACAUGCAGAACCGCAUGUUCACUGCGUUUUUGAUCAUAAUCAUUCCGCCAACAGUUCUCAACGCCGUCCUGCCUAAAUUCUAUCAAAACCGAGCACUAUGGGAAGCUCGGGAAUAUCCUUCUCGCAUCUAUGGCUGGGUGGCUUUCUGUACAGCCGAAAUCAUCUCGGAGAUUCCGGGUUCUCUUAUCAGCGGCGUGAUCUACUUCGUAUUGUGGUAUUUUCCGACGGGUCUACCAUACGAUGCGCCUGCCGCUGGCUACGUCUUUUUAAUGACUCUUCUCUUUUUCCUUUUCCAGUCAAGUUGGGGCCAAUGGAUUUGCGCCUUUGCGCCGAGCUUUACUGUGAUUUCAAAUAUCGUGCCCUUCUUUCUUGUAAUGUUCUCCCUUUUCAACGGUGUCGUAGUACCUUACGCUCAACUUAACGUCUUUUGGAAGUACUGGGUAAGUCUCUAA